AUGAGUGAAUUUAUCGACCGACCUCGUUCAGAACUAACCGAAAAAGAGCUUGCGAAGCUCGAAGAGUUUGAAUUUCUUCAUGGUCCAAUGUCACUUAUACAUCAAGCACAAACAGAGAAUCUGCCGAUUGUCAUAUCAUGUCGAAAUAAUCACAAAUUGGUUGGAAAAGUGAGAGCAUUUGACAGACAUUGUAAUUUGGUGCUAGAGAAUGUCAAGGAGUUGUGGACAGAGAAAGUUACAGAAUUUGGAAAGACUAAGAAUGUGCCCCGUGAAAGAUUUAUUAGUAAAAUGUUUCUUCGAGGUGACUCGGUGAUAAUAGUUGUGAAAGCAUAA